UUUAUUAAGGGCACAGAGAUAUAUUAGUCUUUUCCAACACCAACUAAUAGCUCUCUAGCUGGUUUUUGGAUGGCAAUGAUAUCCAAGUGACUAAAAACUAAAACUAAUGAGAUUAGAGGGAACACGCAUUUUUCAAUGGUAUCUCAGGGAUUGUUAUAGUUUUGGACGGCAACGAAGGGAUUUUUUUUCUGUGCCACUGCUCGAUGACAGUGCCGUGCUUUGACUGCUUGGUCGUCCACGCCCGGAUUUAGGGCGGGGCAGCUUUGACCCUUGAGACGCGGUCAUAUGGUGGAGCCCGCCGUUCUUGCUCCGCCCAGUCGCCGUGCGCGCGAGGCGGGGACGAGCACGGUGUGCCGUUGUGCGCCGUGCGUUGCACAGUGUCGGCCAAUCAUGAGCCCCGCCUCCGAGGCUUUUCUGGCUGCUGGCUUCCCUUUCCGUCGCAGAGCAGACGUGUGCAGUCACUGCGCGCCAUCGCCAUCACUUCAUUCAGUGCCCUCUGUGGCUCUGUGUCUCUAUCAAUCUCUCUGUGUGCUUUCCAGCUUUCUGGUGUCGUACGGCUUCUCGACCUCUUCUUUUAUUUCGGGCCUCCAGCCCUCCAGGGGAUGAUGGGCCUAAGCUACGACGCGGACAGCGGGAGACGCCUGCUGGCUCGCUACGCCAAGGCGAAGCCGAGGCCGUCCAAGUGGGACGACGCGCAGCGGUGGCUCUCCUCCUCCCGUGCGCACGACGACGACGACCGGCGCCGGAGCUCCUGCGCGGACGACCGCCUCCUGCUGCCGUCGGCAUCGCAGAAGGCGCGACACUCGUGGAGCGCCGCGGACGGCGGCGCCGCCCUGCCCGCGGCGCUGGGGCUCGGCGCGCGGGACGACGCGGGUGCGGAGGCGGAGACCAAGAGGGUGGACUCCGUUCUGGCGUACGGGCAGCCGCCCCGGUGCCCCUCGCUGCGGGACGUCGGCACGGAGAUGACGCCGGCCGGGAGCAAAGAGCCAUCCAGGGCCAACACCCCACGCGCAACCCUACCGGCCACGCCGCCGUCCACGGCGGGGCGCGCGAUCCACGCACCGCUGCGCCCACCGGAUUUGUCUACGGUCGACGGUGGAUCGCCACCAGGCCUAGCGGCAGCGGACCGCGACGAGACGGCGCCCGGUGCGCCGACGACGACGGCCGUGUCGCCCGCGGCGACGUGGGACGCCGCCGAGCGCGCCAAGCACAUGGCCAGGUAUCGGCGCGAGGAGAUGAAAAUACAGGCCUGGGAAAACCGGCGACGGCAAAAGGCGGAGCUGCAAAUGAAGGUGGCCGAGGCCAAGGCGGAGAGGAUGAAGCUACGGGCGCAGGAGAAGACGGCGAGCAAGCUGGCCUCGGCGCAGGCGGCUGCGAGGGAGAAGCGCGCGCAGGCGGAGGCCAAGCUGAACCGGCGCGCCGCGCGGGUCGACAGGGCGGACGCGCUCAGGCGGACCGGCCACCUGCCGUCCUCCUCCUCCGUGUUCUCGCUCAAGCUGCCGCUGAUGUGCAGAUGAGAGCCGACCGAGGGGGGUGUGGCACAGCAGUUCACACGGAUGCUGUUCAGAGUUUCAGUCAACUGUCCUGUUAGAAUUGGUCGGGACGCUGCUCGCGUCCUUGUGUUUCAGCCGAGCGGUUUGCGAUGCACACAGGCACAUGGCACUUAGAAUUGUAGACAUUUGUUUUUUUAUCUGCACAAAUCAGUGAAGAACAAAAAUAUUUUAUAUUUA